UUUUUCAAAAAAGCACACUAUUGCACGUUUUCGAGCAUGUACCCAUUAGUUCAUGAAACUCGAAUUAUUAAAAGAUCUGAUGGAUUUUAAAAUCAAUGGUCAAAUAAUUUGUAUUUCGGCGCAUAACUGAAUUAUAACAAUAUGGCAGACUAUUCCCAUAAUCCCACGUCCCAUCGACCGGUAUAGCAGAUCCCGACCUAUAUCAAUGAUUACACUUCGUUCAACAAUAAUAUAUGACGCAUGUAUACCUAUGCAUCUGCAGGCAGCGGCGAGGGGAAAUCGGGAGGCGCGCUGCACGUACGCGGGUGCACUGCAGUGCUUCCGCUAUUAUACAAAUCGCGCGCGUAUUUAUCGCAUUGCAUACGCAAUAUCCUCGCGCGCCUAUUACAUUACGGAUUAGUGCUGCCAGUGCUGGCACACUGUGUAGUGCGCGACACAGUUGAUCCGGUUGGUCGUACAUAUACAUACUUAAGUACCUACUUACUUUCGUGCUCACGCACCCGUGCACUGAUGUGCAGUCGUCGUCGCCGUCUUCCCUCGCGUCUUCUCUCGCAGUUCGCCGUCUCCAAAUUCGCUUGUUUGCCCAGUGACCGUCUCUAGCGCGCUGUCGGCGGCUGCUGUGUGCUUGCUGACCUCCAUCUCUGCUGAUUUGCACUUUUCGAAUUUGCACAUUGAACUGUCAUCGAUCGUCGUUGCAUAAUCAUGCGGCUUUUCUUCACGUGAACCAGGGCGCCGUGUCUGCCUGGAUCAUCGUCUCCUGGGUGCGAGAGAGCGAGCAGCGCAGCGGAUUCCGGCCGAGCGAUGGAGGAGCAAGGCGCGACCAGUGCUCACAUUCCGCUACGAGAAAAUCUCGUAAGCACAGCUGUCAAGUUCCUGCAAAAUCCAAAGGUCUCCGCUAGUCCUAUCAACCAAAAGCAGGAAUUUCUCAGGAGAAAGGGACUGACCGAGAGGGAGGUUCAGAGAGCGUGCGAGUUAGCCUUGGUUGGUACAACUCCUGCUGUCCCCAGCAAGGCUGACUACAGCGUCGUGACGAUACCACAGGGCCAGGUGUACUCGCAGUACCCGCAGCAUGUACUACAACCCAGUUUGUACUACAAGAUCAAGGAGUUGCUGAAUGGAGUUGUUCUGUUUGCUGCUAGUUGCUACUGUGUCUACUGGGUCUACAAAAAAAUUAUAAGUCCACUGCUAUUUGGACGCAAGAAAAAAGACCCACCCAAGGAUCCAGUUGUAGAGUUGGAUAAGAAUAUUCAGCAAGUGAAAGAUUCCAUUAAUCAAGUCAAGAACGAUGUUCAGCAGCUGACGCAGAACCAAAUGCUUGACCCAUCUGUACCUCAGCUCGUGCAAGAGCUCAAGUCGGAUUUAGCUAGCUUGAAGUCUCUUCUCUUGUCCAGAAAACAAUUCCCCAGUGCACCAGCUUCCAUACCAUCUUGGCAAUUGGAAGCUUCCAGUCAAGGCCAAGAAAAAGUCAAUGAGCAUGAAGAUGACGCUGGCAGUGGAAGUAGCACCAAUAAUUCUGACAGUUCCCUUGAAAUGAUUCGAGAAGAUCCCCCCAAAGAAUGAAUUUUUCCAGACGCGUAAAUUUGGAUUAUUCUUCUUCACGUUUAGCAUUUAUAUUACGUGAUAAUUACUAUUGCCAGAGUAAUACACAAGUUUGUAUGAUAAAGGAGGGUGAAGAAGCGACUUGUUUUCUAGUUUUGAAAUGUUUUAUAUGUGUGAAUUGGGUGUGUUGACAAUGUAUGUUAUGAGAAAAAUGAAUACAAUUUAAAUGUUGGGCAAUAUUUUUUUUUAUUUCUUUAUAUUCUAAAGGUACAUACAUUUGGAAACAUUGAAAUAAAAAAAAAUAAAUAAAUCUCUGGAUUAUCAUUUAUUUUGAGCUAAUAUCGCAAUCUGCGCUUGCUCGCCGAUUCUCAUCGAUGCUGGUGCUGAUAUCGACAAUCAGAACAGAAUCGACGCCGUCUUGUGCUGCGACGAGAAAAUGGUCCUUUUGCACUUGAACUGCGGCGCCAACCUGAUGGUGAUCGAUGAACAACCGGAAAUCAAGAGCUACUAUACCAGACGUGUCAAACCGAUAUCACAGCCAUGAGGACUGCCAAGAUCGGGAGUAUAACAAUCGCUUACUAUUCCGUAUUGACGGGGCCGCUGUACGUGGUGACUCGGUACGCGAGAACGAGGAUUUUGUAAAGACUUUUGAGACUGGCGUUUAUCCAUCUAGCUAAAUGUUUUCCAAGUCAUUUAUGAAUACAUCAAAUAUUAAUUUGGCUUAACUGGCAGCCGCUGGAAGCUCUCAGACAAAGCCAAGAAAAAAGUCUGACUAAAGCGAGGUAAAUUUGGAAAAAUAAAAAAAAUUAAAAUAAAAUAAAACCCUCUUUUAUUCUAAAUGAACAAUACAAUAUAAAGUGGGUACAUAUUGUAUUUUAUACAAGUUAACUUGAUGUUAUAUAUAGCUCAUAGCCAUGAUAAAAUAAAAUUUUUUUGUACAUAUUUGUAUCAAAAUAUUUCUUUUAUCUUUGGAAAGAUUACACUUGACUUUUUUAUGUCUUUGUCUCAUGUAUAAAUCAAUACUGCAGAAAUAAAAAUCUGAUAAAGAUUAUCGCGAUCUUGUAGAUAUACUGGUAAUGAAAACUUGUAUUUUCUUGCAAUAAAUUUUUUUAAUGCUUGUAUAUUAAAUUGAUUAUUUAAUCUUAUAUAAUCAACUAUUACAAAUAAACAAUAGUUAUUUUUGUACAAAUGACAUACACGCUGGGUAUUUUGCAACAGAAGUAGAUCUUGCGUUAAAUUUUCUCCCCAAUGUUCACACUAAUCUGGUACGUGUAUAGAUUGUACUGAAGCGCGGAGUUAUGCGCAUACAUAUUAUUCAUCACAUAUACAUUGCAUUAUUCGAUCAUGUAAGAUCCCAAUUAUUCAUUAAUCUCAGUUCGUGAUGACUGAUGAAAAAACCAUUCAUUCCCUACAGCUUAAAUCCUAGUAUGUACACGCCAUGCAGUAAUUGCUAUCAUAAUAUUGGAGUAUAUAAGUAUGUACAUGUGUAUCUGCCACAUGAACAAGGUGCCUGUCAAUCAUCAUAAUUAAUAUUCAACUGAAUCAAAGUUUUUGUUUUCAUAGAUUAAAUCAUUAUUUUUAUUAGAUUUAUCAAUAUUUUGUUUAGAUUACAAUAUAAUCAAAAUAGCUGCCUCACUGAUACAGUGAGUUACAGCAAAUUAUUUAGCCAUCCUAGAUCAAACAAUGUACAAUCGUAAUAAAAGCAUUGUACUUGGAGAUUACAGUCUCUCUCUUGUGUGCUACAUUAUUCUACCUAGUAAAAAUGAGACAAACGGAAAUCAUACUUGGCGGGGAAAGAGGAUCAAAACCAUACACAAAAAUAUACAUUUGGCAAGUCACGAUAAAAGAAA